CGGCCUUAGGGCGCACUCAAUCUUUGAUGCCUCAUUGCACUCUAUCAUCUCCUCGACUAGAUUGAUUAGACAGUCGGAGGCCGUACCUAUAAAGGCUCGACCCGACCCCGGAUCCUCGCUCAGGGCCUCCCCUAACUACACUUCAGCACACCAGCAGCACCCGCCCUGAUCACCUCCGCCCCUUCGCUCGCCCUGAUCACCAUGGCCCCCCCGACAUACGCGUCUAGCUCGCGCUCGGACUCCGCCCCUCAGACUCCCACGUUCCCGGACCCCGUCUACAGCGCGCCCGCGCUGCGCUCGGGGAUGAGCUUGAGCUCGCUGAUGCCCUUGGACACGACGCCAUUACCUCCUUAUACCCUCUCUCGUCCACCUUCGUACCGCCGACCCUCAUGUGGCUCGUCCGUCUGUGUCAACAACCCUACCAGGACCCCUGGUGCAAAUUCAUGCGGCAGCCCCACAUGCCGAUGCACCCUCGACCACCCUGAUCUAGAGAGCCAAGUGCUUGACCGCAAACACUGGCCUCGCGAGGAGCAGGCGCGCAAGAGCAAGCUGCGCAAGGCCGGGGAGAUCGCGUGCUGCGUCGUGCUCAUCGUUGGCCUCGUUGGCAUUCCCUUGGCAGUCAACCGCCUGACUAUGCAUCAGGCCGAUGCUUGAGCCACAGCACAGAACGCUGUAUGCUCUGCCCUCGGACGCUAUACCGAGGGCGUACAGCUGUAUACCCAUAGCUGUAUGUGAUACCUGGGCUGUGCCCUCGCCCGGCGCAGCUGCUAUGUCUGGAACCUACGCAACGGUUUGUAGCCUAUCCAUCGGCUAGAUUUCUCGAUGAGGACUGGCUCUGUCGGUGCGCGGGAAUGUAUUAUUAGCUACUCUGCAUGUCUUAUUCCACUGGCAUGUUCUAUGACUGAACGUUGAGGAAUGGAUGAUCUCCGUGUCGCUCGCUUCGCAUGUACAUAUGUACUAUACUUACCAUGUACGCACACACCGCAAUGUCCAUGUCUUCGGGCUGAAGGACCACCUCUUCGCA